UUCAGACAUCAUGGACCCGGACCGCUUCGAAGGAUUGAAUGAAAUCCGUUCGUCCGUCUACAGAACGGCCGUCAAGCUGCAGCGCCUCCAGAAACACCUCUGCAUGGACACGGUGUUUUGUCGACACGUCACCACGGCGCUCCCUCACAGUCAGGAAGUCAGCUUGGACAGACAGGAAGUGACCCGGGCUCUGAACAGGAUGUUCCAUAGUGUGGGACAGGACGUGCCGGGUCAUGCGGCUCUGGAGGAAACGUGCAGCCUGAUGUUCGGGAUCAACGACCGGAGCGGCUCUGGAUUUAUUUCCUCUGCGUCUCUUCAGACGUCUCUGAUCGCACUGUCAGCAGAAACGCUGCACAGGAAGUACACAGCUCUGAUUGGUGUAGCAGUGCAGUGUGGCUCCGCCUCCAUCAGCCGCUCCGGUCUACGGGCUUUGCUUCAGGAUCUGAGCCAGGUUCCCGCGGCGCUGCAGGAGGACGGAGCGUUCGGGCAAGUGGAGGCGGCGGUGAGCUCUUGUUUUGAAGGGGUGAGAACAGGAAGCAGACAGCUGAUUGGAGGUCGUCAUGGUGACACGGCCAGCGGAGAACACGUGUUGUCAUGGCUACGGGGCGAGCCGCCGCUGUUGCGAUGGUUGCCCACUCUGUACCGCCUGUCCGUCAGUCAGGAUGUCCGUCACGACGUGCGCUGCCACACCUGUAAGACCCGCCCCUUCACCGGCCUCAGGUAUCGCUGUAUGAAGUGUGUGAACGUCCACCUCUGCCAGAGCUGCUACUUGAAGGAGAAACACUCCAGGAGACACAACACACACCACCCUGUGCUGGAGUUCUGCACACAGCCCACCUGGAGGGAGUCUCUGUCCUCGUUAGCACGCAGCGCUCGUUACACGCUGUUGCCACGGAGACAGACCCAGAGAGAGGCAGGCAGGAGGCGGGGCCUGGAGUGGGCGGAGCCUCAGGACAGCGCCCCGCCCCCCUCUGAAGACUCCGUCUCCCAGAAUGCAUCAGUGCAUCCUCCCACCUCCUCCAAAGCUCUGCAGACGGAGGAGGAGCCUCCGCAGCUGAAUGCGUCUGUCCUGUUGACUGAAGUCAGAAACCUGCAGAGAGACAAAUGGUUAAUGGAGCAGCAGCUACAGGUGUGGCGUCUCACCGUCCAAUCAGAGCAGGGCGUUCUGGAGGACAGGUGUUCAGAGAUGGAGGUUACCAUGGUGACGCUGAGAGAGAACAACCUGCACCUGCAGCGCAAACUCACUCAGGCGGUGACCAACAUGGAGACUCAACAACACGGCAACAACACGGAGAACAUGCUAACCAGGGGGACCACGGAGAACAUGCUAACCAGGGGGAACACAGAGAACACGCUAACUACAGACAACAUGCUAACCAGGGGGAACACGCUAACUCCAGACAACAUGCUAACCAGGGGGAACACGCUAACUACAGACAACAUGCUAACCAGGGGGAACACGCUAACUCCAGACAACAUGCUAACCAGGGGGAACACGCUAACUACAGACAACAUGCUAACCAGGGGGAACACGAAAACUCCAGACAACAUGCUAAACAUGGAGAACACGCUAACUCCAGACAACAUGCUAACCAGGGGGAACACAGAGAACACGCUAACUACAGACAACAUGCUAACCAGGGGGAACACGCUAACUACAGACAACAUGCUAACCAGGGGGAACACGCUAACUACAGACAACAUGCUAACCAGGGGGAACAUGCUAACUCCAGACAACAUGCUAACCAGGGGGAACACAGAGAACACGCUAACUACAGACAACAUGCUAACCAGGGGGAACAUGCUAACUCCAGACAACAUGCUAACCAGGGGGAACAUGCUAACUCCAGACAACACGCUAACCAGGGGGAACACGCUAACUCCAGACAACAUGCUAACCAGGGGGAACACGCUAACUACAGACAACAUGCUAACUACAGGGGAACACUGCUAA